UAGUAGUGCAAGCAGCUGAAGUAUCUUUCGUCGAUCGCCAUACUAAAAGCACAGGUAUUUCAGCUUAGAUCUGAGUCACCGGAGUGGUCGAAAUGGAGAGCGGGGAUGGAGUCAAUCGCUUCCCGUUUCCCUUUAAGCCGUAUCCGAUCCAGGAGCGCUUCAUGGAGGCGCUGUACACCGUGCUCGAGGAGGGCAAAGUGGGCAUCUUCGAGAGCCCCACCGGCACGGGGAAGUCUCUGAGUCUGAUCUGUGGUGCUCUGACAUGGCUGAAAGACUUUGAGGAGAAGAAACGACAAGAAGCUGAGAAGCUCCUGGAGCACACAGUGAGCGCGAGCGCAGUAGGUGGAGGAGGAAAAGACGGGGACAGAAUCACGGUUCGGGAGGAGGAGAAAAGUAACAGCGCCGGAGUUGAUGGAGAGUUGGACUGGGUUUCAGAGUUUGUGCAGAAAAGAGCAGAGAGAGAGCUGGUGAACAAAUUAAAGGAUGAAGAGAUGAAAAGGAAGAGGAGAGAGGACCGACUGGAGAUGAUCAGACACAACGCUCAGCUAAAAUACACCAUGAAGAGAAAAAACAGUGAGAAUAGCGAGACUGAAAAGCUGCUGCAGUUCAGUAAGAAGGACGCGGGAUCAGAAGACGGACCUGACGAAGACGAAGAGGACGGGCUCGUUGUUGCGGAUUACGAAAGCGAUGAAGAACCCACACCCAAAAACAGGCUCUGUGAUGAGGAGGAGGAGGAUGAUGAUGAUCUGGAGGAAGAGCAUGUCACUAAGAUUUAUUACUGCAGCCGUACACACUCGCAGCUGGCCCAGUUCGUGCAUGAAGUGCAGAAGAGUCCGUAUAACUCCACAGUCAGCUUGGUCAAUCUCGGGUCUAGACAGAAUCUGUGCAUUAAUCCAGAGGUGGCACGACUGGGAAGCGUUCAGCUGAUCAACGAUCGCUGUAUGGAGCUGCAAAAAAAUAAACACGAUAAGCAGGACAAGGUGGACUCGGAGCCUAAACGCCGCCGCGGUGCCGUCAAAGCGACCUGCGCGUUCUCAGGCUAUGAGAAGAUGAUGACGAUGCGAGACGAGGUGCUGGCGAGCGUCAGAGACAUCGAGCAGCUCGUGCAGCACGGCCGAGACACACACACCUGCCCUUAUUACAGCACACGGCUUGCUAUUCCUGCAGCUCAGGUGGUGGUGUUGCCGUAUCAAUCACUCCUUCACGCUGCGACUCGCAAGGCGUCCGGGAUCAAACUGAAGGAUCAGAUCGUCAUUAUCGACGAGGCUCACAACCUCACGGACACGAUCACGGCACUGCACAGUUCCGAGGUCAACGGAGCACAGCUCUGCAGGGCUCACUCGCAGCUCUCUCAAUACUGCGAGCGCUACAGGAGCCGCCUGAAGGCCAAGAAUCUGAUGUAUAUCAAGCAAAUCCUGUUUGUGCUGGAGGGGCUUGUGCGCACUCUUGGAGGGAAGGUGGGCCUGAAUCCUGUGACUCAGAGCACUCAGUCAGGAACUGAACUGUUAACCAUUAACGACUUCCUGUUCAGAGCUCAGAUAGACAACAUCAACCUGUUCAAGGUGCAGAGAUAUUUGGAGAAGAGUCUGAUCAGCAGGAAGUUGUUUGGAUUUUCUGAGAAGUAUGAAGGGAGCGGUGUAAGCACACACACAAGUUCUAUGAAUAAGGAGAAUCGCAGAACCGAAGGACUCGGACGCUUCUUGCAGGGCCUUCAGAGCAAAGCUACAGCUCCUGUAGAGUGUCAGGAUUCAGAAGAAGACAGACCCAUUAUGGCAUCUCCUAUGAUGCUUGUGGAAAGUUUCCUUUUCGCUCUCUCCAGCGCCAACAAAGAUGGAAGAGUGGUGAUGGAAAAACAAGCAUGCCUGGCUCAGAGUAGUGUAAAGUUUCUCAUGCUGAAUGCAGCGGUUCAUUUUGCACAAGUUCUCCAGGAAUGCAGGGCCGUCGUAAUUGCCGGGGGAACCAUGCAGCCUGUCUCAGACUUUAAGGAGCAGCUUCUCCUGUCAGCUGGAGCUCAUAAGGAGCGCAUUGCAGAGUUUUCAUGUGGUCAUGUCAUCCCUCCGGAGAAUAUUCUACCCAUAAUCCUCUGCACUGGACCCUCUGGACAGGAGCUGGAGUUUACCUUCCAGACCAGAGACAGACCACAGAUGAUGGAGGAGACGGGGCGUGUUCUGUCCAACCUGUGCAACGUGGUUCCAGGAGGCGUGGUCUGUUUCUUCCCCUCUUAUGAGUACGAGAGGAGAAUUCUGGGACACUGGGAGAGUAACGGAGUCCUCCAACGACUCGCAGCCAAAAAGAAGAUUUUCCAGGAACCGAAGAAAGCGAGUCAGGUGGAGCGGGUGUUGUCCGAGUACUCCAGGUGCAUCCAGCGCUGCAGCAAUACUGGAGGCGGCCAGUCGGGGGCGCUGUUGUUCUCGGUGGUUGGAGGGAAGAUGAGUGAAGGGAUUAACUUCUCAGAUGACCUGGGCAGAUGUAUUGUGAUGGUCGGAAUGCCGUACCCCAACAUCAAGUCCCCUGAACUUCAGGAGAAAAUGGCGUAUUUAGACAAGCACAUGCCUCAUGUCGAUGGCCGAAGUCCAGGGAAGGCUUUAAUCGAAAACCUGUGCAUGAAAGCAGUCAAUCAGUCAAUUGGCCGGGCGAUUCGUCACAGGGAUGAUUACGCCUGUAUCGUGUUGUGUGACCGGCGCUACGCCCGCACCGGCACGCUGCAGAAACUUCCGGAGUGGAUCCGAAGCAGCACACGCACUCACAGCAACUUCGGGCCGGCCUUCGCCAGCAUCAGGAAGUUUUUCCUGGAGAAGCGACGAACACAGCAGUGAGCAGAACGCCACGUGACCUCAGUUCUACAUCGCCGUCCGAAUGCAAGGGUUUGUUGUUGUUGUUUUUAAAACCAGUGUGCGUGUAGUUGUGUAAUCCUGUAAAAC